UUUUUUCUUAACUGAUAACAAUUUCAGUACAUUUAAUUUUAUUACAACAAAAAUGCUAAGUAGGGUCUUGAAGACUUCAGUUCGUGGUUAUGCAAAGGAUCUCAAAUUUGGCUCUGAAGGCCGGAAAGCUAUGCUUGUUGGUGUUGAUUUGCUUGCUGAUGCCGUCGCUGUGACAAUGGGACCGAAGGGAAGGAAUGUGAUUAUUGAACAGUCGUGGGGAAGUCCAAAAAUCACAAAAGAUGGUGUUACAGUUGCAAAAGCUAUUGACUUUAAGGACAAGUGCCAAAAUAUGGGUGCUAAGCUCGAUGUUGCUAAUAAAACAAAUGAGGAGGCUGGUGAUGGAACAACUUGUGCCACUGUUCUCGCUAGGUCUAUUGCUAAGGAAGGCUUUGAUAUCAUCAGCAAGGGAGCAAAUCCAGUAGAAAUCCGAAAUGGUGUUAUGAAGGCUGUUGAAGUUAUUUUGACGGAAUUGAAGAAUAUGAGCAAGACUGUUACAACUCCUGAAGAGAUUGCCCAGGUUGCGACAAUUUCUGCAAAUGGUGACAAAUCAAUUGGACAAUUGAUCUCGGAGGCAAUGAAGAAAGUUGGCAAUAAGGGAGUGAUUACUGUAAAGGAUGGAAAGACUUUGCAAGACGAGCUUGAACUUAUUGAAGGGAUGAAGUUCGAUAGAGGCUAUAUCUCUCCAUACUUUAUCAAUUCGGCUAAAGGCGCUAAGGUUGAAUUUGAGAAGUGCUACAUCCUCUUCUGUGAGAAGAAAAUAAGUCAAGUUCAAGAUAUUGUUCCUGCUCUUGAAUUGGCUAAUAAAUAUCGACGUCCGUUGCUUAUUAUUGCUGAGGAUGUUGAUGGUGAAGCACUUACCACACUUGUGUUGAACCGUCUGAAGGUUGGACUUCAAGUCUGUGCAGUUAAGGCCCCCGGAUUCGGAGAUAACCGUAAGAAUACUUUGAAAGACAUGGCAAUUUCUUGCGGUGGAACUGUUUUCGGUGAAGAAGCAACUUUGAUCAAAUUGGAGGAGAUUCAGAAUCACGACUUUGGUGAGGCUGAUGAGGUCACUAUUACUAAGGACGAUACUUUGAUUCUUCGCGGUAAAGGUGACCAAAAAGAUGUUGAGAAGCGAAUCGCUCAGAUUCAAGAUGAGCUUGAAAAUUCAACAUCUGAUUAUGAGAAGGUUUAA